AUGGUGCCUAAUGCAAAGAAUGAGCUAAUUACCACUCGUACAAUUACUGGAUGGCGUGUUUGCAUGGACUAUAAGAAGCUGAGUACUGCCACUUGUAAAGACCACUUACCCAAGCCGUUCAUAGAUCAGAUGCUGGAUAUGCUGGCUGGGAGCUCUUACUAUUUAUUCUUAGAUGGAUACUAUGGCUACAAUCAGAUCAAUAUUGCCUUAGAAGAUCAAGAAAAUACGACUUUUACAUGUCCCUAUGAGACGUUUGCAUUCAACCGAAUGCCCUUUGGGUUGUAUUUUGCUAAUUACUUGGUGACUGGUAUCAUUCCUGACGAGAACAAAUCUUAUCAGAAGAGGAAGUUUUUGCGCGAUUCUCAUCAGUACAAUUGGGAUAAGCCAUACUUAUUCAGAACUUGCGCUGAUAACAUUAUUCAGCAUUGCGUUCUAGAGGGUGAGUGCCAACGGCAAGGGAAUAUUGGUAGAAGGAAAGAGAUGUCUAUAAACUUUGUAAUGGAAGUUGAGGUGUUAGAUAUUUGGGCGAUAGAUUUUAUGGGACCCUUUGUAAGCUCUGGUGGCAUGAAAUACAUUUUGGUGGCUGUUGACUAUGUUUCUAAAUGGGUAGAAGUGGUGGCUUUACCUAAUAACAAAGCCAGGGGUGUCAUGGGAUUCUUCAAAAAGAACAUAUUUACUCGUUUUGGUACCCCAAGGGCAAUAAUCAGUGAUGCUGGUUCUCACUUUUGCAAUAGAGCCUUUGCGGGACUAAUGGAGAAGUAUGAAGUCAAGCAUAGAGUGGUAACCCCUUAUCAUGCUUAG